GAGAUUCUCGGCUGCUGCCAGUGGCUGGCGGAGCUACAGAUCCUUGCAUGCGUCCCGCAGGAAACGAGUAUUCCCAUCAGAGACUUGGCCGACUUGGCAGGCGUUCCUGAGACUCAGCUUCGUCGUGUGGUCCGGCUGACAGCCACAUACGGAUUCCUCCGGGAGCCGAUGGCGAACUCCGUAUCGCACACGCCUCUGUCGUCACGAUUGCUCGAGGACCAUGCCCUGCAGGACGCCACACAUUUCAUAGUCAAGGUCGCCGCCCCUGCGGCCUUUCAUAUGUCUUCAGUUACGCCACGAUUUGGCGCCCCCCGCGCCGGACCCGAUACGGCCUACAAUCUGGCCCUGAACACGUCCCAAUCGUUCCGUGCCACCCUCCAGGAGCAUCCGAGAUUCGCUCGUCAGUGGUCGGCAUAUCUGCACCACGGUGCAGGCCUGCAGCAUGAAGAUCAGAUCCUUGACGUGAUACUGCGGCUCAACUGGACGAACCUGGGUGGCGCUUGUAUAGUCGAGGUUGGCGCGCGCUCGAUAUCCACCGCCCGAAGCCUCGCGGAAAACUUUUCUAGCCUUCGCCUGGUCGUGCAGAUUGAUGAUUCACGACAUUCGUUCUCCGAACUGCAUGAAGUCGACGCCUGCGAGUCCAGCGGCUCCCUGUCCAAUUCUACUCCUGCGUCUCCUGGUAGUCGGAUUUUGGUAACUCCUCACCUCGCUGGCCAACCGCAACCCAUAUCAGAUGGGGCUGUUUACAUCCUGCAUCUUGACGCCAUUCUCAGAUCUACUUCACGUAAAUCAAGUGAGUUUGCGAUUCAAGAGACUAUGCGAGAUUAUUCUACUAUCCUGCGAGCAACCGGCGCCAUAUUGCUCAUCGUGACGGCCUGUCUACUUCCGGAACCAGGGAGCAUCCCCAACAGCGAGGUGGAGGCCACGGCGAGGACGCGUGACCUUAAUCUGCUGCAGCUAGCUGAUGAGGGUGAGAUGGAGAUGAGCGAGCUUCUAAGCAUUAUCGAGACGAUGAGGGACGCGACUGGGAAGUUGGUGGUGACAACGCAGCUUCGUGCACAAAACGGCUUGGUGGUAGCAUUGGUUGUGAAACAU